AUGGAGUCCAUAGAGAGCCACAGUGAGUUUAGCUGUGAGCCCAUCAAACUGAGAAUGUGCCAGGAUCUGCCUUACAACACCACCUUCAUGCCCAACCUACUGAAUCACUACGACCAGCAGACGGCCGCAUUAGCCAUGGAGCCAUUUCAUCCCAUGGUGAACCUGGUGUGCAGUGCUGACCUGAAGAUGUUCCUGUGUGCUCUGUACGCUCCGGUAUGCACUGUGUAUGGUCAGGUGUCCAUGCCAUGUCGAUCCCUCUGCCAGCGGGCCAAGGACGAGUGCAAUAAACUAAUGGAGAUAUUUGGAGUCGCCUGGCCAGAUGACAUGGAGUGCAGCAGGUUUCCAGAUUGUGAUGAGUCCUAUCCUCGCCCAGAGGACCUGCUAACAGGCACUGACCCAACUGAUCAGUCAUCCAUGACUGUCCAGAGAGACUACGGCUUCUGGUGCCCGAGAGAGCUCAAGAUCGACCCGGACCUGGGUUACAAAUUCAUGGGAAGGAAGGACUGUUCUGCUCCUUGUCCUUCCAUGUACUUCAGCCAGCAGGAGCUGACCUUCAUCCGCUACUUCAUCGGAGUUGUCUCCAUUGUCUGUCUGUCUGCAACGCUGUUCACCUUCCUGACAUUUCUCAUUGAUGUUACCAGGUUCAGAUACCCCGAGAGACCAAUCAUCUUCUACGCUGUGUGUUAUGUCAUGGUGUCGCUGGUGUUCUUCCUCGGGUUCCUGUUGGAAGACAGAGUAGCGUGCAACACGGUCAGCCCUGCGCAGUUCAAAGCUUCAACCAUAACACAGGGCUCACACAACAAGGUGUGUACCCUGUUCUUCAUGGUCCUGUAUUUCUUCACCAUGGCCGGCAGCGUGUGGUGGGUCAUACUGACAAUCACUUGGUUCCUGGCAGCUGUGCCUAAAUGGGGCAGCGAGGCCAUUGAGAAGAAAGCGCUCCUCUUCCAUGCCGUUGCCUGGGGUGUCCCAGGAGCCUUGACUGUCACCCUGCUGGCCCUGAACAAAAUUGAAGGAGAUGGGAUCAGUGGAGUGUGUUUCAUAGGGCUGUAUGACAUAGACGCCCUGAGGUGGUUUGUUCUGGCACCGCUCUGCCUCAACGUGGCGGUGGGCGUGUCUCUCCUGUUAGUUGGCAUUGUGGCUCUGAACCGAGUGCGUAUGGAGAUCCCUCUGGAGAAAGAGAACCAGACCAAACUGGUCAAGUUCAUGAUCAGGAUGGGCGUUUUCUCCGUGCUCUACCUUGUCCCCCUGAUCACUGUGAUUGGGUGCUAUGUGUAUGAGCACACCUACCGGACCAUUUGGGAGACGACCUGGAUGGCGGAGAACUGCAGACGCUAUCACAUUCCCUGCCCAUACAAGGUGGAACAGACCAGUCGGCCGGCAAUGGUUUUAUUCCUCAUUAAGUACCUGAUGAUGUUGGUUGUGGGGAUUCCCUCUGUUUUCUGGGUGGGCAGCAAGAAGACCUGUUUUGAGUGGGCCAACUUCUUGCAUGGGCGCAGGCGGAAAGAUGGGGUGAAUGAGUCUCGCCAAGUGCUGCAGGAACAGCCGGACUUUGCUCAGUCUCUCCUGCGUGAACCCAACACCCCCGUCAUCAGGAAGUCCAGAGGAACAUCCACUCAGGGCACUUCCACCCACGCCUCGUCCACCCACUUAGCUGUCCUAGACGACCUUGAUGAACCAGUCAGAACCCACCACGGCCACCCUGCCUCCACCAGGAGUAAAGCCAGCAGUAUCCACAGCAAGACCAGCUACCACGGCAGCCUGCGGCACACUCGUGAUGACAGGAGCGAUACUGUGGUUUACCGGGGUACAGAACAGCGCAGUUUCCAUGGCAGCAUGCCGCAUCUGGACCACCCACUUUCUACUCACAGCAGCCUCCAUAAGAUAGAUAGCCACUCAAGACACGGCAGCCAGAGAGACAUAUCCGAGGCCCCGCCUACCCUAAUCACCCAUGGAACGAUAGCAAGCGACAGCCGAGAGGCUGAGAAUGACGGUACCAGCGCCUGA